GUUAUGACUAGGACUAUGGACAGCGGCACCAUCAGCUUGAGGUGGGGACAGCACUAGUACCAUGGACAGUGGCACAGUCUUCUAAAAGAUGAGGAAACAAUAAUUAUCAUGGACAGCAGCACAGGCGUCAACAUCAGGCAACACUUGUACAUACUGUCAGUCCACAGCUACUUUGUGCUUCUGUGAAGAAUUUCUGAGACGGAUCAAUUGUGUGAAAGAGGUUUUACUACAUUGGAGAGAAGCAUUCUUUUUCAUGAACAAUAUGCCUGUAUUAAAGAAAGUCACCAUUGAAAAGUCUGCCAGCAAGGCCAGUGAGGAGGCCGAGGAGUUACCCAAGCUCCCUGUGCCACCUUUGCAGCAAACUAUGGAUAUGUAUCUUAAAUGCAUGAAGCAUUUGGUCUCAGAAGAACAAUUUAAAAAAAGCAAAGCAGUUGUGGAUAAAUUUAUGAUGCCUGGUGGAGUGGGGGAAAUGCUGCAACAAAAACUGCUGGAGCGACGAGAGAAAACGGAAAACUGGAUACACCACUACUGGCUCGAUGACAUGUAUUUAAAUAACCGGAUGCCACUUCCAGUUAACUCCAGUCCAGCAGUCAUAUUUGCACAUCACAAUUUCCAGGAUUCCAAUGAUCACUUAAGGUUUACAGCUAACCUCAUCUCAGGAGUGCUGGAUUACAAAACUUUAUUAGAUAUGCAUGCUUUACCUGUGGACUAUGCUCGAGGUCAACUGUCUGGACAACCCAUGUGCAUGAAGCAGUACUACGGGCUAUUUUCUUCUUACCGGCUUCCAGGGGCAGUAAAGGAUACACUUGUGGCUCAAGAAAGUAGUAUUAUGCCUGAGCCCGAGCACAUUAUUGUUGCAUGUAAUAAUCAGUUUUUUGUCUUGGAUGUUGUUAUUAACUUCCGCCGUCUCAGUGAUGGUGACCUAUUCACUCAGCUUAGGAAAAUAGUAAGAAUGGCAGAAAACGAAGAUGAUCGGCUUCCACCAAUUGGAUUAUUAACAUCAGAUGGAAGAGCAGAAUGGGCACAGGCUAGGGAGGUGUUAAUGAAAGAUUCCACAAACCGUGACUCUCUAGAUAUGAUAGAGCGAUGCAUGUGCCUAGUCUGCCUGGAUACACCAACAGGAGUAGAGCUUAAUGAUGCCAAUAGGGCACUGCAGCUUCUUCAUGGUGGGGGUUAUGACAAAAAUGGAGCCAAUCGAUGGUAUGACAAACCAAUGCAGUUUGUUGUGGGCAGAGAUGGAGUUUGUGGAACCAUAUGUGAACAUUCACCUUUUGAUGGAAUAGUCCUUGUACAAUGUACAGAACACCUACUGAAAUACAUGAAAAACAGCCCUAAAAAAUUAGUACGGGCAGAUUCUGUGAGUGAACUCCCUGCACCUAGAAGACUUAGAUGGAAAUGUUCUCCAGAAAUUCAGGGACAUUUAGCAUCAUCAGCUGAAAAACUUCAAAGGAUAGUGAAUAAUCUUGAUUUCACCGUGUAUAGAUUCAAAGGUUACGGAAAAGAAUUUAUAAAAAAGCAAAAAAUGAGUCCAGAUGCUUUUAUUCAGGUAUCUCUACAGUUAGCGUUUUACAGAUGCCACAGAAAGCUUGUCCCAACAUAUGAAAGUGCCUCCAUUCGUCGAUUUCGAAUGGGGAGGGUAGAUAACAUAAGAUCGUCAACUGCUGAAGCUUUGGCAUUUGUAAAAGCAUUGGUGGAUGGAAAAAGUGUAAUACCGGAUUCUGAGAAAAUGGACUAUCUUAGAAAUGCUAUCGCGGCUCAGACAAAUUACACUAUUCUGGCCAUUACAGGGAUGGCAAUUGAUAACCACUUACUAGCUCUGAGAGAGUUAUCACAAGAACAUUGCAAAGAACUGCCAGAGUUUUUCACAGAUGAAAUGUACUUGUUAAGCAAUCGAUUUAUUCUCUCUACUAGUCAGGUUCCUACCACAAUGGAAAUGUUCUGCUGCUAUGGUCCAGUAGUGCCAAAUGGAUAUGGUGCCUGUUACAACCCACAACCUGAAAAUAUCCUCUUUUGCAUUUCAAGUUUUCGAGACUGCAAAGAAACUUCAUCUAUCAUGUUUGCCAAAGCAGUGGAAGAUAGCCUGACUACCAUGGGAGACCUGUGUGUACAAUAUAACACUAAGGCCCAAACACCAGCGAAGGGAAAGAAAUAGAAGAGAAGAAGAAUAGGCACUGAACCUUGCUAUUUAAUAUGUAGAAUUCUAGGUAUAUUAUUUAUUUUCCAAGGAAAUAUAUUUUUGAAUGUAUAUAUUAGGAGGAAAAGAUUUUAGAGUAUAAAUAAAGUAUAAAUGUAAACAAUAGCUUACACAUAAGCAAAAAUACACCUGCUGCAUUGGUAAAACUACUAAAUACCAUGUUAAAACAUUUACUUAUCAGACCAAAUAAAAGAAAUACAAAACUGAUGAUCUGAAGACAGCAGGUAGAUAGAUUUAUAAACACCGGAAACAUAUGAAAACCCUAU